UGCCGCGGUUCCGACAAGAGGACCGGAUGUUUCGGAUAAAAGCGCUCGGGGAGAAUCGUACUGCAUCGUCGGACUCGGAACCGAGACCCACUUCCAACAGGCUCGCUCGUCUGCUGUGUGGACCUGAGGGAUUCGGCGGAACCGUCCGAGCCCUCCGCGAGGAGGAGCAGAUGAGAGCCUGACCUGCAGGAGGAAAUCAUCCACAUCGCUGCCAGUGGAGGCCCAGUGCAUCAUGGGACCUGCAGUCCUCCUCACGCUGCUACUCUCCCAGAUGGUGUCAGCAGUGAGUGUAGAUGUGGGCGGGGCCAGUCAAGGAGGCGCUGCGCAGUGUCCCCUCCAGUGUGUGUGUGAGACCAGACCCUGGUACACCCCACAGUCCAUCUACCACCAGGCCCGGACAGUGGACUGCAACGAGCUUCACCUGCAGAGGGUCCCAGCCAACUUGUCCGACGACACCCAGGUGCUCUUGCUCCAGAGCAACAACAUCUCAUCGAUCACCACAGAGCUUCAGAGUCUCGUCAACCUGACUGAGCUGGACCUAUCCCAGAACCACCUGAAGCGGGUUGGCUCCAUGGGCCUGCAGUCUCUGGGCCGCCUGGUCACCCUGUACCUGGAGGAGAACCUGAUCCAGGAGCUGGAGGACUUCAGUCUGAGGAAUUUGUCCAGCCUGGAGGAGCUCUACGUCAACCACAACCAGAUCUCCUCCAUUGGUGCCGAGGCCUUCUCAGGCCUGAGCAGCCUGCUGAGACUGCACCUGAACGCCAACAGGCUGGUGGCCAUAGACAGCCGCUGGUUCGAGUCCCUGCCAUCUCUGGAGAUCCUGAUGAUCGGUGAAAACCCAAUCCUGGGGCUGGAGGAGAAGAACUUCCUGCCUCUGUCCCGCCUCCACAGCCUGGUUCUGGCUGGGAUGGGUCUGGCCUCGGUCCCGGGUGCUGCCUUCCAGGGUCUGGACUACCUGGAGAGCCUGUCGUUCUUCGAUAACCACCUCAGGUCGGUCCCCCGCGACGCUCUGAGUGUUCUUCCCAACCUCAAGUUCUUGGACCUGAACAAGAACCCCAUCAGCAAAAUCCAGAAGGGGGACUUCCAGAACCUCCAGCACCUGGAGGAGCUCAGUCUGAAUAACAUGGAGCAGCUGCUGAUGGUGGAACCAGCCUCUUUCCAGAACCUUCCUGAACUGGUCAAGCUUGAACUCUGCAACAACCCUGAACUGUCGUACAUGGACCCGCAGGCCUUCAGCAACGUCCCCUCCCUGCGGACCCUCCUCCUCCACAACAACCAGCUUGCUCUGGUCUCGGGCAGCCUGCUGUCCACGCUCUCCGCCCUGGAGGAGAUCUCUCUGCACUCAAACCCUCUACGCUGCGACUGUCUCUCAUCGUGGGCGCCGCACUUUGGGAACAGGUCCCACGUGAAGCUGCUGGAACCGUCUGUCACCCUCUGCUCCUCCCCCCCUCACCUGAUUGGUCAGGAGCUUCAGCAGGUGGCGUCUGGUGGGGGUUGGAGCGACGGCAGAAGUGGAGACAGCUGUUUGCCGCACAUCAGCACCAACAUUCUUCCACCUGUGGUCAAUGUUAGCGCUGGACAGCCCGUCACGCUGGAGUGCUGGGCAGACGCUGAGCCCGCGCCACAGUUCUACUGGGUCACACCGACGGGGCAGAAGGUAAGCGCAGAACCUCAGGCUGCUGCCAUCAUCACAGAGGAGGGGCGUGGGCUCAGCAGGAAGAGGAAGAAACCUCGCUUGUCCGAGUCGGGAGCGCUUGUCAUCGAGCACACGGACAAGUCGGACACAGGUGUGUACACCUGCGUGGCCUGGACUGUGGAGGGCGCCGACACCAAGAGGGUCUCUGUGUUCGUGGACUCCGCCGGGGUGGGUUGGUCUGGCCCAGGGGAGUCCUGGUGGGCUGACUCAUCCAGCAGUGACGACUCCCUGGUGGUCCAAGCAAAGGUGGUCCACUCUCAGUCUGUGGUGCUGGAGUGGAACUGGUCUGCUGGCUCAGGACCUCAGCACCUGCAGGAGGCAGUCGCAGCUUCCAGCCAGUGGACCAGUGCAGUGAUGCACAUAGACAACACGCACAUCAGCUACACCACACAGGUUCCAGUUGACGUGCAGGAGUACAACCUGACUCACCUCCUCCCUGCGACCGAGUACCACGUUUGUCUCACCGUCACCUCCUCCCCCGUCUCACCCGCCUUCCCCCUCACUGCCUCUCCUCCCCCUGCUGGCGCUGUCCACACCUCCUGCCUCAACGUCACCACCAAGGAGGCGGGCUUUUCGGUGGAGCUGGUGGCAUCGCGGCGCAGCAGUGUGGCGCUGGCUGCCGUCAUGGGCUCCAUGUUCGCACUGUCCAUCAUGGCUCUGCUGGUGGUUUACAUGGGACGCCGCGUCAAACAGCACAAGACGUGCGGCCACUCGCUGAAGAAAUACAUGCAGCACGCCACGUCCAUUCCACUCAACGAGCUGUACCCGCCGCUCAUCACGCUGUGGGAGAGCGAGGCGGAGAAGGACAAGGAUGACAAGGAGGAGGAGCAGGAGGCAGGGGCUCAGGAGGAGGCAGCUGAAGGAGGUCACAUUGACACGUCCAAGACCUACAUGUGGUGACUGGUCCUGUGAAUGUUGGGAGGAGGGUCAAGACUGUCUGCUGCCAGUCAUCCCCAUCUCUCCACCAAGGCAGGAGAGCAGAGGAGCGGCGUGAGACGACAGACCGUCGCAGGCGACACCUGCAGAUCCCUCACUUCUGGACGAUGCUCUGCUUCUCACCAAACAAUUUGUACCUUCAGAGUUUUUAACUGAACUAUUAUAUAUGGAAAAGAAUCGUGUUCCACUUGAGCUGAGUACUGAACACAUGAAGAUUUGAACUCACAGCACGACUGUCAUGAGAUGGCGCUCCCGUCAUCUCUCCAACAAGCUGGCCACCACUGCUCCGUCUUGUCUGGGCCGUGCACCUUCACUCAGUCUUCACCGCCAGCCUGCGCUGUCAACGCUCCAUCCCCACUUGGCUGUUCAGAAUGUGGAAACGCAACGUGAAUUCCAGAACCAAAAACUAAAAGCGAAACCCUCCUUCAGUUCAAUUGCCAUCACGCGAUGAUGUCACAGCUCUGACUGUUAAUGAAACUCCAGGGGGCGCUCCGACCCACCAGAGGACACUCGCCAAAGAAACCAGUCACAGGACCUCACUGUUCUCUCUUACCUCACCCUGAUUCCAUAUCAACAUGGUGAAUGCAUCACUUCCUGUCACCUGAUCACUGCCUGUGUCACGCAUCGGGAAUGUGUGUGUUCAGCUGUGUGUGCGGAUGAAUGAGACAAAUCCAUCAUCAACACACAACAAACACUCAAACCUCUGAUUCUUCAACUAUCUGCCUCAAACGCUUCAAAUCAUCAUCUGAAAAUGACCUCUGACCUGACCACCUGUGGAACACCCUAAUGUUCGUCUCUCUUGAAAAACCUGUAGCGCCGCCUGUGGCUGACAGCUGAACAACCAUAAGAUUAGAACUCACUUCUCUCUAUGCAGGGUAUUUUUGUAUAAAGUGUAACUAUUACUACUCUUGUUAUUAUUCAACACCAAGCACCUAAUGUAACUGUGUGAGUGUGUGUGUGCGAGAGAGAGAGAGAGAGACAGCUUGAAUGUGUGACUGAAAUAAACACAA